UAGUCAAGAGUCGGCAGUCUGGGAAAACACACUUAAAAUGUCAGAAUUUUGACAGCAACGCCCCCACUCCAAUAACUAACUGCCUGCCACUUGCCGCAGGUCGCCACUUGCCACGCCCACACACGCAUUAACAAGAGCGCCAAAUUAAGCCAUAAAUUUAGACGGCGCAGACCACCAGCCAUGAGAGAGCAGGACAGGAUAGGGGUAACAGCAGGAGCCCCAGUCUAAACUUGGCUAUAAGUGAAAACGCCUCUGCGCUGUUUUUUUUGUUGUUGUUGCCUGCAGCUGUUGCCCCCUCAAGUUGCAGCUGAGCUGCUCAGCUCGUUUAAUGCAAAACAAAAAUGCAAAAGAAAAACAAAAUUCAAAUUUAAUUAGUCUUCAAGUGAAGAAGUAAUAUUUGUACAAUCUGGUAAAUUUCGCAGCUGCAUGCAAAACCGGGCAGGAAGAGAGCCAGGAAGCCCGGGCAAGGAAGUGGGUUGUAUGAAUCUCUUUCAGGGGGGGACAGACAACAUCCAGUUGUUGUUGUUGCAUUUGCUGUUGCUGUUGUUGAUGAUAUGAAAAUAUGAGCAGCAAGUGGGCUGCGAUGUCAGCGGUGUCAGCAUCCAGUCCGCUCUCCUCUGUCCGUUGUCCGACUGCACACAUCUGCAUUCCAGACGAGUCAACAGCUAUACAGCAAUACAUAUCCAAGUGCAGACGCAGACGCAGUUGCAGAUGCAGAUGCAGAUGCAGACGCAGACCAUGUGGGAUUCAGACGCGACGGCACUUAACGCUCUCUACACUCAGCAAAAUACUCAUGCAAAACUGUGUGUAUUUGUUCAGAAGAAGAUGCAUUUUGGGAACCAGGGCUAUCUUUUUAUAUUUCGCAGAAAUAAUGUUCGCUGAGGCUGUGUCCUAUUUGGUUUUGGUCGGUGCCAGUUUUUAUGGACUUUACGCAUUGACUCCGGCUGAUCAACCUUAUGGUUAUUUGGCAGCCGCAUUUUGUUUUAUCCAUGGACUGAUUUCGCUUGUGCGCACCAUCCAGGGCAGCGAGGAUUGUGCUCGAUCCUAUUUCGUAUCAAUGGCCAUUGUGGAGGUCCUUCCGCUGCCGUUGGCCAACAUUGAGUUCUAUCGGCAAACCUCUCAAUGUGGCUUGGCCUUCAUUCAUGGCAUCUCACUAAUACUGCUGCUCUAUGAUGUGAUGGGCAGCCUGGGUGAUGAUGGGGAUCGUGCCACGGAUACGGUUAAGGAUCUGACGCUGGUGGGUAACAUUAUCUCCGGAACGUAUCUGGGCAUCCAGGAGGAGAAAUAUUUCCAUGUAGGUGCGGCAGCAUCCGCUGGCAUUGCCCGAUUUGGAUCUCAUCUGGUUGGCUAUUUUCUGCCGUCCGCAGAAUCCCAUGUGGAUACACUGAGCCGGGCUGCUAUUAUUGGACUCAUGACAUAUUCGCUGACAAGUAAAUAAACCAAAAGUACUUUCCUUAAUAAAACUGGCAACGCACUCUUUGAAAGAA